UCCGGCCCAUUGACGUUUCCGCCUGCGCCGCCCUUCUCCUCCGCGCGACCUCCUCUUCCUUCUCUGCGGCGGGCGGCGGCGAGGGAGCUGCAUCUGCCGUCGCCUGUAGGAGUGGGAAACCGAUCCGUUCUCUCCCUCUGUUCCACGGAUCCACCCUCGCGAACCCCUGCAGUUCCAGGCAGGCUGUAGCGAGCGCCGCAGCCGCCCGUGACCUCUCCCCAAAGCACCCGGUUGCAGCCGAGCAGCUAGUAGCAUGGGGGAGGAAGACGAUGAUCCUGACUGGCUCCGCGCGUUUCAGGCACCAAGUGUGGCACCAGUGAUGCUUUCUUCUGGGUCAGAUGGCUCUCGUGAAGCUAGUCCUACAAGAACCAGUGCAUCUAGAGAACAAGAAAAAGGAGAAAAGCAGGCUAGUCCGGAUCAUGCAGGUGAUAGAGGUGGUGCUUCACAAAAUAAAAGCAAAAUCUCUGCAGCUACUAGAAGAAAAACCAUUGGCAGUAAAAAAGAGGGAUCAACCAUGGAUAAAAAGCAAGCUAAUACUCCUAGACGCUCGACUCCAAAGAAGGAUACGGUAACACUUUCAUCUGAUUCUGAUGCUUCCCUCGGAAACAGCCCUUCAAGGGCUGGUGAAGAUAAUCAUGAAGAGGACUCACUUAGCGCUGCAAAGAGAAAGGAUGCUCAGCAAACAAAGACUAAAAAAGCAACGGUUGCUGGAACAAAAGCUGGUCCAGAACAAGCAGACGGAGAUGCUGAGGAUGAUAUGCAAGAUAAACUCACAGGGAACUCUGUCUCCCAGAGGUUACCAUUAAUAUUUCCUGAUAAAGUUCAACGAUCAAAGGCAUUGAUUGAAUGUGAUGGUGAUUCGAUAGAUUUGAGUGGAGAUAUUGGUGCGGUUGGGAGGAUAGUAGUUUCAAAUGGUCCUACUGGAAAUCAGGAUUUGUUGUUGGACCUGAAAGGAACAAUAUACAAAACAACUAUAGUUCCAUCCAGGACAUUUUGUGUUGUGAGUGUGGGACAAUCAGAAGCAAAGAUAGAGGCUAUUAUGAAUGACUUCAUUCAACUGGAACCGCAGUCCAAUUUAUUUGAAGCAGAGACUAUGAUGGAAGGUACCCUUGAUGGAUUCACAUUUGAUUCAGACGAGGAGGGUGACAAACUCUAUGAACCACAGGCUAGUCAAAAUGAUCAGAACAAUGAAGAUGAAGGUCAACCUAAGGCGAAGACCAAAAGGAAAGCAGAGAAAACAGCGGGGAAGGCACCAAAGAAGGCAAAGGUUGCUGGAAAGGGCCCUAAAAAGGGCGUAAGGAAAACCCAACCUGCAAAGAGAGGUAGGAAGGCGAAGAAAUGAUGACAUGUUGAUUACCUCGGAAGGGGAAAAAAGGAGGCAAUUGGGAACCUGAGAUAGUUUGCAACAAAGAUGAGAAUUCUUCAACGGAUAGCCAUUGCUGUGAGGCCACAUGUGGUCUGGCGUCGUCAGUUAACAUCAUGCAGUAGUUGUUUUAGAGAGAGAGAGAGAGAUCAUACAUUAUUGUUGUGUUGUGUACUCUAGGAGCUUUCAGAUUUGGAUCAUGUCCACAUUGAGUUUGUAAACUUGUUUCUGAGAAGGUGUGGUCUGUAGCCUGUACUGUUCAACUAAUCUGAAUUCUAGUUUUGUAAAAUCUCCUGCCAGGUCUGUAGUCUGUACUGUUCAACUAAUAUCCUGUUCGUUUAAGCUUAUCAUCCGAAUCUAACAGGUAUGAUCCGGAGUCAUUUCACUGUA